AUGGAGGACUGGACAAGGAUUCCAGCUCGGAUUUCCGACCCGGAUACAAUUCAUUUCUGUCAGUCUCAGUGCCAGUGUUGGAUCACAGGUGAGUCGGUGUCCACCAAUCAGCUUGCAUCCCUCUGCUUCCCAAAAUCUUUAAUCCCUCUUUUUCUAAUGCAAUCUCUCAACUCAAUCAAACAAAAUCUGUUAAAAAAAAAAAAAAGAAAAAAAAACCAAACACACCCUAUGAGCCAGUUUCAGUCUCAGCGGCGAGUCCACUAUGACGACGACGGCGUGGCCACCGCAUCAGAAACUGUAGAAAAUGACGGCGGAGGAGAAAGCAGCAUGAAACUCAGACCUUCAAGUAGCAACGUCACGGAAGAUCAAGAGCCCUUCAUGGGGGUCAAGAUCCGCCGAAAAGCCUCCCGCCACAGAGAUUACAGGGGCGACUAUAUCGGUCUCCAAUCGCGUCCUCAUCUCAUCAAGGUUCUCGAUAAACAAGGCGAUAAGAAAGUUCUUUUUGCAGAUAAAGUUUUGAAGUUCACUGGCUCGGGGAAGAUGAAACGACGUAUUCUUUUAAUUACUGAUUUUGCCAUUUACAUGGUUGACCCGGAAACGGAUGCACUUAAAAGGCGGAUUGCGCUGUCAGCUCUUGAGAAGCUUUGCUUGAGUGAAUUAAGUGAUAAUUUUUUUGCAUUUAUCAUUCCAACCGAGUACGAUAUACUCAUGGCUAGUACUCGAAAAACUGAAAUUGUUACUGUGUUAGUAGAAGCUAUCAAGAGCACAUCCGACUAUGAAGUCGAGGUUAUUUUCUCCAAUAGCUUUGAGUAUAAUGCUUCUGCUGAUCUGGUGAAGGAAGUUCAAUUUGAGGAAGUCGAAGGUGGUGUUAAAACAAGAAUUGUGCGGAAAUGAGUUGCGUUUACCACCCAAUGUUAUGAGGAAGCGAGUUGCCUAUUCCUUCCGUAUAAAAGGUGAUGGAUUAUUUUCUGGUUUUGAAACCCAGUUGUGAUCAGGCAUUAAAACACAACAAAUAAUGUAGCUUAUUGUUUUUUAUAUUUAAUUUUUUUCUUUUUUUUUUCCCUUGUACAAACCAAAUCUCAUGUUGUAUCAAUUGUGAUUACUAAGACUUUCAGUCGAUAUGAAUUGUUUCCAA